GAGCCUGGCUAGCUGGAACAGUCCAACCGGUCGUUGUGUCAGAAACAUGGCCGCCUUUAGUAGACAUUUGACAGCGAGAAACUCCUCCAUAGCGGGCGGCGUUUUGCUGCUCUUAUACCUGCUGAAGCACCGAAACAGGAAGCCCAAACAAAACAGUAAACAAGGAGGCUCACAUCUAGUGCUGAACACAGAGAAAGAUGGUAAAAAAGACAGAGCAGCAGUGGACAAGGUGUUCUUCCUCAGAAUCCUCCGGAUUCUGCGGAUCAUGGUGCCACGAUUUUUCUGCAUGGAGACUGGUUACCUUAUCCUCAUCGCCACCAUGUUGGUGACCAGGACCUACUGUGAUGUAUGGAUGAUCCAGAACGGCACCAUGAUUGAAAGUGGUAUUAUAAGCAGAGACAUCUGUUUAUUCAAGACACACUUUUAUUCCUACAUAUCAGUCAUACCAGGGAUUGCCUUGGUCAACAAUUUCCUGAAGUUGGGCCUAAAUGAGUUGAAGCUAAGGUGCCGUGAGAGGCUCACAAAGUACCUGUAUGACCAAUACCUACAAGGUUUCACUUACUACAAAAUGGGAAACCUGGACAACCGGAUAGCUAACGCCGACCAGCUUCUGACACAGGAUGUAGAGAAGUUCUGCAACAGCGUGGUGGAUCUUUACUCCAACCUCAGCAAGCCUCUGUUAGAUAUCGGACUGUACAUCUUCAAGCUGACAAGUGCUAUUGGUGCUCAGGGCCCAACCAUCAUGAUGUCCUACCUGCUGAUCUCAGGUCUGUUCCUGACCAGGCUGAGGAGGCCCAUAGGCAAGAUGACAGUCACUGAGCAGCGCUUUGAGGGAGAGUAUCGCUAUGUCAACUCUCGCCUUAUUACUAACAGCGAGGAGAUUGCCUUCUACAACGGGAACAUGAGGGAAAAGCAGACCAUCCAUGCCACAUUCAAGAAACUGGUGGACCACUUGCAUAACUUCAUCUUCUUUCGCUUCUCUAUGGGAUUCGUGGACAGCAUAAUUGCCAAGUAUCUGGCCACUGUGGUGGGUUACCUGGUGGUUAGCCGGCCAUUCCUGAACCUAUCACACCCCCGACACCUGAACAGCACACACUCUGAGCUGCUUGAGGACUACUACCAGAGUGGGAGGAUGCUCCUGCGAAUGUCGCAGGCCUUGGGCAGGAUUGUUCUGGCUGGCCGAGAGAUGACCCGCCUCUCAGGAUUUACAGCUCGUAUCACUGAACUGAUGAAAGUCCUGAAGGAGCUAAAUGCUGGCAGAUAUGAACGCACAAUGGUUUCCCAGCAGGAGAAAGAAGAAGACACUGCAGAGAAACUCCUUUUGGUGCCUGGAAGUGGUCAAAUUAUUAACAGAGACAACAUCAUCAAAUUUGACCAUACUCCACUCGCAACGCCUAAUGGAGACAUCCUGAUCAGAGAUCUCACAUUUGAGGUGCAGUCUGGCACCAAUGUUCUUGUCUGUGGACCAAACGGCUGUGGAAAAAGCUCACUGUUCAGAGUGCUUGGAGAGCUGUGGCCUCUGUUUGGUGGACAUCUGACGAAACCUGAGAGGGGGAAGCUCUUCUAUGUGCCUCAGAGACCCUACAUGACUCUCGGUUCUCUGAGGGACCAAGUCAUUUACCCUGACACCUAUGAAGAUCAGAGGAAGAAAGGCAUCUCUGAUCAGGUGUUGAAGGAGUACCUGGACAAUGUUCAGCUGGGUCACAUCCUUGACAGGGAGGGCAGCUGGGACACUGUCCAGGACUGGAUGGACGUCCUCAGUGGAGGAGAAAAGCAGAGGAUGGCCAUGGCCAGACUGUUUUAUCACAAGCCCCAGUUUGCCAUCCUUGAUGAGUGUACCAGUGCAGUGAGUGUGGAUGUGGAGGAUUACAUCUACAGCCAUUGCAGGACGGUGGGCAUCACCUUGUUCACAGUGUCUCACAGAAAGUCCCUGUGGAAGCACCAUGAGUAUUAUCUCCACAUGGACGGGAGAGGGAACUACGAAUUCAAGCCCAUCACAGAAGAAACUGUAGAAUUUGGCUCCUAACUGCCUGCUGCUGACAAAUGCACUGCUGUGAUAAAACCAGUCUGUUGAUUCUUUGCACUCAAGACAGAAGUAAUAGAUAACAAUGUUUUUAAUUAUUUGUAAUUCUCAGCCUUGUUUCCUUUGUUUUCUGUUAUUUAAAGCAUCGCUUUAGCCCUGUCUAAUUAUGAUUAGUUUAGUAUGAUUAUAAGAAAGUUGUGAUUUAUGUUACCAACUCAAAUGCCUGAGAUGUUUAAGUAGAGGUGGAAAUAUAUUCUGCUGUUUUUUUUAAUCAUCUCUGGCAUCUACAGGCAGUUGUAUCUGACAGCAGGUUUACCUGUAGAGAUAUUCUAGAUACCACGGUGGUCUUUCAGUCAUUAUGUCCCACAGACAACUGUACACAAAGUAUGAUGCUUCUAGCUGCCAUGCAGGUUUUCUAACAGAAGCUGAGAGCAGCUGAAGGUCAGAAUCGGUUUGGGAGCUGUGGUAAAACCUUCAGUGGGAGUGGUUAGUAGUUAUCAUGACAUGCCAUGUAUGCAUUCAUGUGUCACCCUCAUUUUUGUGCCGUUCAUUCUUGGCUUUUCUCUAGGCCAGUGAUGAUAUAAAUGUGUAGUCCAUGAAGUAGGCAAAUCAUCAGAACAAAAACUAAGUUUGAUGUAUCCUGAAAUCAUUUCAAUGACUACAUAAGAAUAGUUUGUUAUCUAGAGGUAAUCUAUUAAAAGAGCUGUAAAAGAUUAAGAACUGAAAGUUAACAGUUAAUCACAGCUGUUCUCUGCUUCUGUAGCUGCAGGACAAACAGUGCUCACUGGAACAAAUAGUUUUUCAGAACCAACUGUUGCCUCUGAGGGCUCUGAAGUGCUGACUGUGUAACACAUUAACAAGGCUGUUGAGUAAAGUCUGAGCAUUGUAGGAACAGCUGUUUUCUAUUUCAACUCGGGGUGUUGCAAGGUACCCCCUUAUUUAACCUACAAUCCAUGUUAAAACAAAGAUGGUACCAAAUAUUUGGUUCUACUCUUCUAAAUUCUACUCGUGAGCGUUGCCCUCAGUGCUGUUGUUGUGAUCAACAUAUAUAAUAACACCAGUGACAAACAGCAGCACUCAGCUCCAGUGAUUUUCUGAUUGAACAUUCCACUUGCAACACAUUUUAUGAACACCCGAAUGUCUAAAAUGUACCGUGUGAUGCUAUCAAGGACACCAGCUUACAGUGUAAAGAUCUUCCAUCAGGUCUAGCUGUCAGGGUGCUGUGAUCUUAAGGCUGAUUACAGAAUUGGCUCUGAUGUGGGAAUGGAAAAAAUAGGAAUCUGUUGCAUUGUUAAAGAAUAGACAUAGCUUGAAAGCUUUCAGAGGGGUUACACAGAUUUUAUUGCCACUCAGACUGUUCAUGAGUUUGUUCUCCAAACAUCAGUGUUUGCCUUUUUCUUCUGCCCAGUUUUCUAGAGAAUUAGUAGAUUCUAAUUGUUGGGAUGAGUUGCACUUGGCUCCUCUCAGUGUGAGUUGUAGUUCUAGAAACUUAAAACGAGUAAGGAAAAGGCAGACUAGUUGAGCUCUAGUCCUGUGGGCGUUGUCCGUUGCUCAGUUUCAUUCAGUGUUUUCCACUAGGUUGUUGGUCCUGUUCACUAAGAUUUGAAGAUAUACACAUCAAACAGCAAAUGGAUAUUAAACUUUUUCCUUUUUAUCAAGAACUAAUCAUUAAUUUCAAAUUUAUGAAAUUAUGUUUAAACAGUAUAUUAAUAUAGCUUUGGUGGUGGGAUUGAAAGAGUUAGUGAAGGUUUUACACGAGGUCUGUGAAGCUGGGGACUGGGUCUAACGUGCAGCGAUGGCUUUUCUCAGUAUCAUAAAUAUGCAGACAAGAUCAUUCCCAGGCCCCUCUGUUACUGUAAUUUACUUGACGGUAAGUUUCAAAAUGUAAAGCAAGAUUUUCAACUGUACUGUUGGUUUUGUAUGGACAAUAAUGGUAUGAUCUCACUGCAUUAAAAAAUAAAAAACUGAAGGAGACACUAA